GGCGCGCCGCGAUCUGCAUACCUGUUCGUGCCUCUACAGUAGUGCGGCCACGUGUAUUGCUGUUCGGCGAUCCGCGUUCUGCUCUCUCGCCCGUGAGACUGAUUGGCGGGCGCCCGAAGCACCUGGCUUGCGCGUCGAGCGGCGCCGCUCGGACCCCAUCCUCGAGCCGGUUACCUCGCGGCAACACAACUCGGCGCUCUCGAUGUGAGCGCUAGGCAGUCUCGACGCCGAUUGCUGCCGAGCAUGCACGACUCGUAGGCGUACCGGCGUGCCGCUGGCGUACUACGCGACGGUGGAGGUGUGUGGCAGUUCGAUGGAUCCAGCCCAGCGACCUCUACGUGACGAUUGAGGACUGCUCUUUCCCUUCGGCCGAGCCUCCAGUCCCUGCCACCGUGCACUGGCGCCAGCGAGCUGCACUCAUAUCCCGCACGCGCGAUCGGCAGUCGAGUUAUAACCCGCAGCUGUGCAGUGCGUGCGCACCACGAACCGUUGUUCGGCGAUCUCUCGGCGACCACUUGUCGACUCGCGCUCGGACGCGAGGCGGGCCUAUCCGCCGUGCCACUCCAUGCAUGAUCAUCGCUGGGGGCAGCGGUGCUCGUGCGACUGCGGAUUCGGCCUCACCUCACGCCCUCUGGCCUGCAGCUGCACGUUGCCGGGCGCCAUGCCUCCGUCGAAUGGAGGACCGACUCCAGGCUCUGAGCACGUCUAAUCCUUACGAUCCAUGUGCCCUGCGCAUGGGAGGCUAUCGUAGCUACGAGACUGGCGCCAUAGACCUCGUGUGACAUUGUGGGCGCCCUGCAGGGGUCGAAACCGCCGUUGGUUCGAGGAAUAUAAUCGGCGAAGGUAAGGUAAGGUAAA